UGAAGCAUCCGCCCCCCAACUCAUUGCUGCCAGCUUUUUGGAAGAAAAGAAAGAAAGAAAUAGCCAAAACAGUUUUUAGAGAGAGAGAGAGAGAGAGAGAGAUAGACAGAAAGAUAGCAUCUUUCUUUGUUGGUAUAAUCGAUCUGAGAAAACAAAAAUUAGAAGCUUUUGGGGAGAGCAGAGAGGCAGCUGGUUUUUCUUUUGAUCCAACAACCUCUUUUCUCUCUCUCUCUCUCACCUGGAUUUUUCAACUUCCAGUUCACUCUCACAUGCAUUGUGUACCCAAAUGAUGGGAAUUUUUCUGGUUUUGUGUGAAGAUUUUUGUGGGUUUUGGUGUGAUAUAUGCAUUGGAUAGUGAGGAGUAGAAAGUGGGGUUGUGAUAAGAGAGGGUUCUGGUUUGGUUUUGAUUAGAAAUUCUAAUCUGGGUUCUGGGUUUUUCUUCUUCUUAGUAUCAGUAUGGACCCGAAUGAUAAACCCAGACGGCUGUACAAAGUUUGGAAGGGAAGUAAUAAAUUUUUCUGUGGUGGGAGAUUAAUCUUUGGGCCUGAUGUGGCAUCUCUGUUUCUGUCCACACUCCUUAUUGCCGUCCCUGCAAUUACUUUUUCUAUAAAGAUUUGUCUUAAAAUCAUGGAUAUGGAGAACAACGAUAGCCUUCUUUGGUAUUUUGUAUUGAUUGUGGGUUUAUUCAUCACUGUUUUGGAUUUAUCAUUUCUCUUCUUGACCUCUAGUAGAGAUCCUGGAAUAGUCCCUAGAAAUUUAAGCCCUCCUGAAUCAGAUGAAGCAUUUAAUGUAACUACCCCAUCGAUGGAGUGGGUUAGUGGGAGAACACCUCACUUGAAACUACCCCGGACAAAAGAUGUGAUGGUGAAUGGUCACUCAGUAAAAGUGAAGUACUGUGACACUUGUAUGCUCUAUCGCCCGCCUCGUACUUCUCAUUGUUCCAUCUGCAACAAUUGUGUCCAGAGAUUUGAUCAUCACUGUCCAUGGGUUGGGCAAUGCAUUGGAUUACGUAACUAUCGGUUCUUCUUCAUGUUCAUAUCAACUUCAACCAUCUUGUGCAUUUAUGUGUUUGCAUUUUCUUUGACCAACAUUCUUCAAAAGAAAGGCCGUUUUUGGAAUGCUGUGUCGCAUGACAUCCCAUCGGAUUUUCUCGUAGUGUACUGCUUCAUAGCCGUCUGGUUUGUUGGUGGCCUUACAGUUUUCCAUUUCUAUCUGAUUUGCACAAACCAGACAACUUAUGAGAACUUCCGCUACCGAUAUGAUAAGAAGGAGAAUCCAUAUAACAAGGGAAUGAUGGGAAACCUCAAAGAGGUUUUUUUCUCUAAGAUCCCCCCUUCAAAGAAUAGAUUCCGAUCAUUUGUUAGGGAGCAAGAACAUAUGGUGGUAACAUCUGUGACUCCAAACAAUGGGGAAUCUUUUAUAAGCUCAAAGGAGAAAAUUGACAUUGAAAUGGGAACUAAGCAUGCAGAGGGCAGUGGUUUCUCACUUCCAGAAAUAUUGCGGAAUUUGGACUAUGAUGACUUGGUGGAUAAUAUAAAGAGUACAGAGGAAGAAAGAACACCUGCUUUUGACUCAUUAUUGUCUGUUGAGCAAGAACCAAAAGAAUCUGUUCCAAGCUCCAUUGGUCAAGAUGGGAUGCAAAGCUCAUCUUUUGGAGAUGGAGCAAGAUCUAUUCAAAGAUCCUCUACUGGAGAUGGUGUUGGGGAAUCUGAUCAGAGCUCCAUGUCUGUCAAUGAAACAAAAGCAGUUGAGGGAACUGAUGACGCAAAUAACUCGCACCAAACCGCAGCUCCAGUUUUUCAGGCAUAAAGGACGUUCUUCUAUGGCUUGUACAUCUUGGUGCAGAUAAAACGGAUUUCUUGUUUCUCAAGUUGCAGUAGUUCAUUGCUUGUGAGGGGCCGUGACUUUCCAGAUAUAGAGGUUGAAUACAAGCUCAGGGAUGUAAUUUUUAUGCUGGAAAGCAGAGAAAAUUGUUUAUAUGCCUUUUCAUCUAUUCAUUAUAAAGUUCAGAUCCAUACUGUUAUAACCUGUAUAUGUCACUGUUCAAGAUAAUACGGAAAUGUGGAACAAAUUAACGUCACAAAGUGUAUAAUGAUCUAUAGAUUCUGUUGUAGGAUUUUCCUCUACUUUUUUUGUCUGUCCCUUCAAUGACUCAAAACUUGUAUUUGGCUAGACUUGUGUAUAGCUGGAAUUCAUCUUUUCUGAUAAA